GAGAGACAUUUAGACAACUACAUAGGGAGAUAGAUAGACAUAGGUGAAUACAUAGAGAGGUGGUUACAUACAUAAUGAAAUAGAGAGAGAGGGAGAGGGAGAGAUACAUAUAGGAAUAACAGAGAGAGACUGAGAGCGAGGGGGAAAGAUAUACAGACAGGGACAGGCAGCUAGAUACAGGAGUUCCAGACAGAGACAACAAUAGUAAUACAGAGAGAGAAGCAUAAACAGAGAGUGACAGACAAGAACAGAUACACUUUAGACGCAGAACUAUAGACAGACCAGAUAGAUCUUGGAGUUACAGGAGGGAGAGGCAGAUACGGGACAGGAGGGAAAAAGAAGCGGGAGCCGAUACAGGACAGAAGUUAGAGAGAGAAGUCAGAUAUAGGACAGAAGUUAGAGCAUUUACAGGGCAAGUGUUGGAGAUGCAUGGCUGGAAUUAGAGAUACAGAAAUAGUAUAGAAAUUUGACACGGGGCACAGCUGAAAGUCAUAUAGGUGAAAAAAGGACAGAGGAUUAAGAAAGUAUAUGACAAGAGAUGAAGCAUCUCGAAAACGCAGCAGAAAUGUAGAAAUUGCACAACAGCAGAUACAGGUAGAUAGUAAUAAAGCAGUGGGAGACAACGGGAGGUAGGGCAAGGAGAUUUCACGGGACAGUCUGCAAGAGGUAGAGAUAGGAAUAAGGAGACAGCAAUAUAUUGAGAAAAAAUACAAUAACAUACAGCGGGAUACAGAACGUUUGUGUUUUGGCGUAGUGCAAGAAACUGACAAGGCAUGGUGAACCUGACUGGCACAAUGAGAACAAGCGAAUUUGACUCUUCAGAUGAGGACUCUGAAGAACAACAUCAAUUGCCGUUGCAAGUAUCUUGGUUGGCUUUAUCAGUGGUGAACUGCCACCAGUUCCUUGGAAUCUGUGCAUUGCCAGGUUGUAAAUUUAAAGAUGUAAGAAGAAAUCUUCAGAAAGAUUUAGAAGAGCUCAAGAAUCACGACAUACAGGAUGUAUUUGUGUUCUGUACCAAAGGAGAGAUGGUGAAAUACAGGGUUCCAGGCUUGUUGGAAUCAUACGAGCAACAUGGAUUCAAGGUGUAUCAUUACCCUUUCCCUGAUGGUAGUGUUCCAGAUAUUGCUAACUGUUGGAAAAUUCUGGAAGAGUUGAGAAUUUGCUUGGAAAAUGCGAAAAGGAUCCUUAUCCAAUGUUACGGAGGCCUUGGACGUUCAUGUCUAAUUGCAGCAUGUCUUCUACUUCAGUUGUCCGAUACUAUGUUACCAGAAGAAGCAAUUGGCUACCUUCGUGAACUAAGAGGAGCUGCAGCAAUACAAACAGUGAAGGAACAAUACUUAAUCUUGUCCAGUAACAAAUAUUGUUCAGAUACUCAAGACUGCAAACUUCUUGCAAGAUCACUCCAUAACUUUCCAACAAAGCGCACAGUGAGAAAACAGAGCAACCUCAAGAACAGAAAAUACAAUUAAUUCGUCAAUUGUCAAUGUUUGACUAGGCUUGUCAUAGAAGUAUAAAAUAGGAGUGUGUUGACAUUAAAUCUUAUCCUUACAGAAGUACUAUAAUAUACUGAAACUGGUUGGUAAAGUCUUUAAUCAGAUUUGUUCAUUUACAGUUGUACAUUUUCAUUAAAAUGUAUGUAAUCUAUUCUUAAACAGCAUCAGUCUCAAUUUGCUAACAGGGAUAUUUCUACUGUAGUACCAAACACAACCCAAGACCUUCUAUAUUACCAUUUUGUUAUUAACAUUUCCCAUGGUUCACCUAAACAUAAAAUGUUGCAUUUUUCAGCACACGUUUUUAACAUUCAUUAAUUUAUUUCCAAGCCUUUUUUUGCAGGAUUUUGUGCAGAAAAAUAAACAAAGCUGUUGCACCACAUCCAGUGACAUCAGUGAACAAAUUAACAUGAGCUAUUAUGAUUAAAACGAGUGCUGUUUGAACCUCAAAUAUAAUUAAUACAAUUGCUAAGCUGAGGCUCGAAAUAACUAAAUAUGUUGUGUAGGGAGUUAAAAACUAUACAAAAAUGUCAAAUCAACAUGGAUUACUCGGCACCAUUAGUAGAGCUAAAAGUAUUUUCAGACAAAUGUUUAACAAAAACAAAAAGAUUUAUUUUUAAAUAAACGUUACUUUGCAUGGGAAAGGGACCCAUUUGUGUAAAAAAGAUCUUUAGUUUGUAUACUCUGUAAAGAUUGACUAUCAUAGUUAUUUCCAUCAUUUUCCUGUGGAUACAAUAAACUUUUAAAAUAAAUUCUGUUUGCACAAUCCAAAAGAACCUAUAAAUGUUCAAUUUACUAAAAGUGUAAAUAAUAUCCAUUGAGUUUUAGGGGUCCAAACUACAUCAAGAUUUCUCUGGUCUUUUAUUUUUAAACUGGACAUAAGAUAUUUGAGCCAAGUUACAUAAUUUUUUUAAACAUAAUAUACCUGUAAAUAGCAAAUAGGAGUGCGAUUCAAUGUUACAUUUAAAACAUAAUCUGUGAUUAGUGAUUUCAUUCGUAAAGAACAAACUUAAUUCUUGGGUUUUGGAUCAAGGCAAACUGCAGAAUCAUUUUUUCUACAUAAAAAAACCCUGGGGCCAAAAUGUCCAUGAAAAGUAAGGAAAAGCAUUUAAUCUGUAUAUAUAUAAAAGCCAUUCAUAUCUGGUGAACUACAUGUUCUGCAGAUGAGCCCCAAGUUCGUGAAAAACCAAUGUCCUUCUGUUUCUUGCAUGGAGUAAACAAAUUCACUGGAUCUCACAAGUGUUAUUUAA